AAAGAAAAAGUGAGGAAGAAUUUUAUUGGAAAAAUCGAAGGAGAAGGGAAUUUUAUUGGAUAUGAUACGCUGGAGGAGAGUGAAGUGACGCGAGACUGCUACGUGGCGAUAAAUUAUUGGGUGGUGUCACGUGGCAUGUAAUAUGAUUGGCUGGAACAGGUAGAAGGAGGAGAUCUGCAAGGACAAAAAUAACAAAGCCUCGGUGGUGUAUCACAUUCUCACUCUCUUCUCGGAAGAGCAGAUGUCUAUUUAGAUCUCAGAACAGAGUUCAUUUGAAUUCAGGGUUAGGAUUUGGCGAUUGUGAGAGAGAGAGAGAUACAGAGACCAAUGGGAGAACUAAGAGAAAUCCCUGUGUCUAUGGGGCUUUUGGCGUUGCUCCUCUUCUUCAUUGCUUCCUCUUCCUUUCAGCUGGUUCGCGCUUCCGAUUUUGCCGAUGACGCCAUCUUCUACGAGUUGUUCGAUGAGGAUUUUGACGGUCGGUGGAUUGUAUCAGACAAGGAGGAUUACAAAGGUAUUUGGAAGCACACCAAGAGUGAUGGGCAUGAUGAUUAUGGUCUUCUUGUUAGUGAACAAGCAAGAAAAUAUGCUAUAGUUAAAGAACUUGAUGAACCUGUCAAUUUUAAGGAUGGUUCAGUUGUUCUUCAGUUUGAGACCCGUCUUCAAAAUGGCCUAGAAUGUGGUGGUGCAUAUCUUAAAUAUCUUCGACCACAAGAAAGUGGAUGGAAAGCAAAGGAAUUUGACAAUGAAUCUCCAUAUUCUAUCAUGUUUGGUCCUGAUAAGUGUGGGGCCACAAACAAGGUGCACUUCAUUUUCAAGCAUAAGAAUCCUAAGAAUGGGGAGUAUGUUGAACACCAUCUCAAGUAUCCCCCUUCUGUCCCAUCUGACAAACUAUCUCACGUGUACACUGCAAUUUUGAAGCCUGAUAAUGAACUCGAAAUUUUGAUUGAUGGUGAGGAGAAGAAGAAGGCAAAUUUCUUGUCUUCUGAGGAUUUUGAGCCUCCUCUAAUCCCACCCAAGACAAUUCCAGAUCCUGAAGAUAAGAAACCUGAGGACUGGGAUGAGAGAGCCAAAAUUCCAGACCCAAGUGCUGUGAAGCCAGAUGACUGGGAUGAGGAUGCACCCAUGGAAAUUGAAGAUGCAGAGGCAGAGAAACCUGAAGGAUGGUUAGAUGAUGAGCCAGAGGAAAUAGAUGAUCCAGAGGCUAUUAAACCUGAAGAUUGGGACGAUGAGGAGGAUGGUGAAUGGGAAGCCCCAAAGAUUGAUAACCCAAAGUGUGAGGCAGCCCCUGGUUGCGGUGAAUGGAAGAGGCCAAUGAAGAGGAAUCCAGCCUAUAAGGGAAAAUGGAGUGCCCCCUACAUUGAUAACCCUGAUUAUAAGGGCAUAUGGAAGCCUCAGGAGAUUCCAAACCCUGACUACUUUGAACUUAAGAAACCUGAUUUUGAGCCUAUUGCUGCUAUUGGCAUUGAGAUCUGGACAAUGCAAGAUGGCAUACUAUUUGACAAUAUUUUGAUAGCCAAAGAUGAUAGAAUUGCAGAGUCCUAUCGGGAGACUACAUGGAAGCCCAAGUUUACUAUCGAGAAAGAAAAACAAAAGGCUGAAGAGGCAGCAGCCGGUUCAGAUGGUAUUGCAGGCUUCCAGAAGAAGGUAUUUGACCUCUUAUACAAGAUUGCAGACCUUCCCUUCCUGAGGGAUCACAAACUCAAGAUAUAUGAUAUCAUUGAAAAAGCCGAGAAGCAACCAAAUCUCACCAUUGGAAUUAUUGUAGCCGUUGUGGUUAUCUUCCUGACAAUUUUCUUCAGGAUCAUAUUUGGUGGCAAAAAACCUGUAACUGCAAAGGUGGAGAAGAAAAGUACAGAACGCACAGAGACUUCCAAAGACCAAGCUGGUGGAGAGAACGAUGAAAAUAAAGAGGAGGAGGAAACAUCUAAUGCUCCGCGUCGGAGGACCAGGCGAGACAAUUAAAUUGAUUGAAUCUUUAAAUAGGACGGCCUCUUUAGUAUCAUCACCACAGAUAAAUUUUGGGGUUAGCUUCAUUUUAGGUGCACUUUGUUUUCAUUCUUCUCUUUUUUUCAGAACGAUUAUAUGCUUAAUGAGCGUAGAUCUCCUUUUUGGAGAUUUGAGUGUUUUAGGUAAUUGAAGCUGUACAAUUACUUUGUCUUUAUUUUUUCUAGUAAUGGAUUCUGUUUUUAACAUACCUAGCUACGUUCCCAUAAUUAAAUGAUAAUCCUGGCUCAAUAUAAUGAAA